CACAGCCAUUGAUGUCUGCCUUCAGUUCACUGACUAAAAGUUCUUAGCAGUCCCCAGAUGAACUGCCAAGCUGGAAUCCAAGGGCCCAGGGCUGCAGGACAAACGGAGUUGAACGACCCGUCCCACGCACGUUUCUGUGACUGUGACCGGGCAGAGCGGCACGAGGCGGUCCGAUAUCGAAUUGACCAGGGGUCUCUUGUUUUAGGGGGGCCCAAGAUAAGCAGCUGCGGUUCCGCGACCUAGAUUAAUAAUUCACUUUCCAACACCACCAGCAUCCCACCAAUGCUCCUCCUUCCUUAUACUGUUUUCCUAGGUUAUUGUGAUGAUAUCUUAUUCAGUCUUGGAGUAAUUUCGAGGCACAAUUGACCCUCGUCACCCCCAAUUGACACAUCUUCUUGUAGGCAUGAUAAAGGCACCCGGGCUUGACGGCAUUCGCAAACCUUCAUCAUGACGCUGAAAAAACAGCUUUAUUCCGCCCGCAUGGUGUCGAGCGUGGCAGCCACCAUGAUAUCACUGGCGUGUGGAACAAAUUAUGUCUACUCUGCGUGGGCGCCUCAAUUCGCCGAUCGACUCCUUCUCUCUGCGACCGAAAGCAACUUGAUAGGGCUGUUUGGCAACCUGGGCAUGUACUCAUGUGGUGUACCCAUUGGGAUGUUCGUGGACCUGCAAGGACCUCGUCCCGCUGUGGUCAUCGGGUCGAUUUUACUGGGAUUGGGCUACUGGCCUUUGCAUAUGGCAUAUGAAGCAGGCCACGGGUCCGUCCCGUUGAUGUGUUUCUUCUCCUUCCUGACUGGCUUGGGAGGGUGCACGGCAUUCGCUGCCGCCAUCAAGACUUCGGCCUUGAAUUGGCCACAUCACCGGGGUACCGCGACGGCAUUCCCGUUGGCCGCCUUUGGACUGAGCGCCUUCUUCUUUGCCCUGAUCGGUUCCAUCUUCUUCCCCGGGAGCCCAGGCAAAUUUUUGGAACUCCUGGCUUUUGGGACCUUCGCUAUGACCUUUACUGGAUUCUUCUUUCUGCAAAUAUAUCCGCACUCGCAGUAUCACGCGGUGGCGCCUGCCGAACCCGGCAUGACGGACUCCCAGGAGUUGCGCUGCACUUUAUCUGCCGAGCCUAAGACCCCGCGGUCGGGUCGUUCGGGGUUUUCUGAACCUGGUAUGUCGUCCAAUGCCAAUAACAGUCAAGCCUCGGACCAAGGCGACGAAGCCGGAGCCCUAGAUCCCUCCAACCGAGCGGUUGGUGACGAGGCUGCCGCCGGCGGCCCGAAGAGAGCGCCCCUCCCGGUCGAGGACUUGGAUGAGACGGCUUCUCUGAUAUCUCGGUCAUCGUCUUCUUCAUUACCGGGUGAUGUCCUCGUCCAGAGCAGUGUUGAUAUGGAUCGUUCCCAUCGUGUAGAUAUCCGUGGCAUGGCAUUGCUGAAGAGCUUUGAAUUCUGGCAACUGUUCAGCAUCAUGGGCAUACUUUCUGGUAUUGGACUUAUGACUAUAAACAAUAUUGGAAACGAUGCCACAGCGCUUUGGAAACACUAUGAUGAUUCCAUCGAUGACAAGACGUUGGUUCUCCGACAGCAGUUACAUGUAUCUAUUCUCUCGAUUGGCAGUUUCUCGGGCAGACUACUGAGUGGUGUUGGUUCUGACUUCCUGGUCAAAGUCGUCCACGCUAGUCGCAUUUGGUGCCUCGUCAUUGCGGCUGGCAUCUUCUCUCUGGCGCAGAUAUGCGCACUCAACAUCACAAACCCACACCUACUGGGCUUUGUCUCGGGUUUCAGCGGCCUUGGAUACGGGUUUUUGUUUGGCGUGUACCCUUCGAUCGUGGCGGAAUCCUUCGGCAUCCACGGACUCAGUCAAAACUGGGGUUUCAUAACACUUUCACCGGUCAUUAGCAGCAACCCCUUUAACCUGUUUUACGGGUAUAUUUUCGACAGGCACUCGGUCGUCGAGCCAGAUGGAACGAGAACUUGCACUGAAGGGCUAGCCUGUUACAGGACCGCGUAUUUGGUUACACUCUGCGCUUGCGGGCUGGGUGUCGUGGUCACCUUGUGGGUCAUUUGGCACCAGAGGCGUGAGAAGCAAAAGGAGUCAAUCAAGACUCGGGCGGAGGACUGAAACAGUCGUGGUGUGAAUUAUGUAGAGAUAUUGGGGGGCAUGGUGGCCGCGACAGCGGUUUACACUGCAGACGGUUUUUCAUAUGUUCAUGGGUAUACUGGGGUCUUUUUUGUUUUACAUGUGCGCAACGUGGUUUGGCGUUGCAUUGAUAGAUAUAGAAUAUCAACACAGGCCUUAUAAGGUAGUGGGUUAAAUCAGCGGCGAACAAUAGAAGAAAGAUAUAUUGUAGUGUCGGCUGGUGUAGUUGGUCACUUCGCUGGUAG